UCUUCUUCUUCUUCUACUUCUUCCUCUUCUUCAUCAUCAUCCUCUUCUUCUUCUUCUACUUCUUCUUCCUCUUCUUCUUCUUCAUCAUCAUCUACUUCUUCUUCCUCUUCAUCAUCAUCAUCCUCUUCUUCUUCUUCAUCAUCAUCCUCUUCUUCUUCUACUACUUCUUCUUCCUCUUCAUCAUCAUCCUCUUCUUCUUCUUCCUCUUCAUCAUCCUCUUCUUCUACUUCUUCUUCCUCGUCAUCAUCUUCAUCCUCUUCUUCUUCUUUUUCUUCUUUUUGUCUUCCUCUUGCAGGUCACUGCUCAUGCGCAGAUUUUUUAUCAGUAAAAAAUCGGCCGAUUAGCCCAUUAUUGCAGCGAAAAUCGGCCGAUCGGCAAAAUCGCCCGAUUUUUUUCCAACUUUCCUGAUUAAAAAAAACGGCCAAAAUACCGAAAAACGGCCGAACAAAUAGCCCACUAACGAUCCGAAAAUCGGCCGAUUUUAUUUUCGGCCGAAAAAUCGGCCGAUUUUCGACCCAUCUAUGGCCUGCAUUA